UUCCAGGCUUCCAUGGGCAGCAUGAGACACCGAAGGAAUGGCAAUUUUGAGAGCUCCAGGCUCCUCUAUUCCAGCAUGUCUCGCAGCAUAGACGUGGCUUGCAGCGAUGCUGAUUUGGCCAACUUCAUCCAAGAAAACUUUAAGAAGAGAGUAUGUGUCUUUUUCACAAAAGACACCAAGUCCAUGGGUAACUUAUGUAAAUGUGGAUACCCUGAAAAUCAGCACAUAGAGGGCACCCAGGUUAACACUACUGAGAAAUGGAACUACAAGAAGCACACCAAGGAGCUUCCUACUGAUGCCUUCGGGGACAUUCAGUUUGAAAACUUGGGAAAAAGAGGAAAGUACAUCCGCCUGUCGUGUGACACAGAAUCUGAGACCCUCUACGACCUCAUGACCCAGCACUGGCACCUGAAGACCCUCAACCUCGUCAUCUCCAUCACCGGCGGUGCCAAAAACUUCGCGCUCAAGCCCUGCAUGCGCAAGAUCUUCAGCAGGCUGAUCUACAUUGCCCAGUCCAAGGGUGAGCACCUGCUGCUGGGCCUCUGCCACUUCACUGCUGCACUGCAGGGGCAGCAGUCCAUCAACGUGGCCAUCAAGAGCAAGAUCCCGUGUGUGGUGGUGGAGGGCUCGGGGCGCAUCACCGAUGUCAUUGCCAGCCUGCUGGAGGCCGAGGGCACUCUGGCCUCCUCCUGUGUCAAGGAGAGCCUGCUCAGGUUCCUGCCCCGCACCAUCUCCAGGCUCUCCGAGGAGGAGACGGAGAGCUGGAUCAAGUGGAUCAAAGAAGUCCUUGAGAGCCCUCAUUUACUGACAGUGAUAAAAAUAGAAGAAGCUGGAGAUGAAAUUGUGAGCAAUGCCAUUUCCUUUGCCCUGUACAAAGCUUUCAGCACCAACGAGCACGACAGGGACAACUGGAACGGGCAGCUGAAGCUGCUGCUGGAGUGGAACCAGCUGGACCUGGCCAGUGAUGAGAUCUUCACCAACGACCGAAACUGGGAGUCUGCAGACCUGCAGGAUGUGAUGUUCACAGCCCUGGUGAAAGACAGGCCCAAAUUUGUCCGGCUCUUCCUGGAGAACGGCUUGAAUCUGCGCAAGUUCCUGACCACAGAGGUCCUGAGGGAGCUCUACACCAACAACUUCAGCAGCCUGGUGUUCAACAACCUGCAGAUUGCCAAGAACUCCUACAACGAUGCCCUCCUCACCUUUGUGUGGAAGAUGGUGGAGGAUUUCCGCAGAGGUUUCAAAAGAUAUUACAAGAACAGCAAGGAUGAGAUGGAGAUACAGCUCUCAGAGGAGUGUCCUAUCACAAGGCACCCAUUGCAAGCUCUGUUUAUUUGGUCAGUUCUUCAGAACAAGAAAGAGUUGUCCAAAGUCAUUUGGGAGCAAAUGAGAGGCUGCACUUUGGCAGCCCUGGGGGCCAGUAAGCUCCUGAAAAGCAUGGCCAAGGUGAAGAAUGAUAUAAAUGCUGCUGGUGAGUCCGAGGAACUGGCUAACGAGUAUGAGACAAGAGCAGUAGAACUGUUCACCGAGUGCUACAGCAAUGAUGAAGAGCUGGCAGAGCAGCUGCUGACUUAUUCCUGUGUAGCCUGGGGAGGCAGCAACUGUCUGGAGCUAGCAGUGGAGGCCAGGGACCAGCAGUUUAUUGCCCAGCCAGGUGUGCAGAAUUUCCUCUCCAAACAAUGGUAUGGAGAGAUUUCAAGAGAUACUAAGAACUGGAAGAUUAUACUGUGCCUGUUCUUUUUCCCUUUAAUAGGCUGUGGUUUCAUCUCAUUCAGGAAAAAGACUGUGGAGAUGAGUAAGAAACUCUUCUUAUAUUAUGUGUCUUUCUUCACGUCCCCCUUUGUGGUCUUCUCCUGGAAUGUCAUCUUCUACAUUGCUUUCCUGCUGCUCUUUGCCUACGUGCUGCUGAUGGAUUUCCAGAAGGAACCCACGGCCCUGGAGAUCAUCCUCUACGUGCUGGUCUUCAUUCUGCUUUGUGAUGAAAUGAGACAAUGGUACAUGAACGGCAGCAAGUAUUUCUCAGACCUGUGGAAUGUUAUGGAUACCCUUGCAAUCUUCUACUUCAUAGCAGGGAUUGUGUUCAGGCUUCACUCUGAUGAAAGCUCUUGGUAUUCCGGGAGAGUAAUUUUCUGUUUGGACUACAUAGUUUUUACCCUGAGGCUCAUCCACAUUUUCACAGUUAGCAGGAAUCUAGGACCCAAAAUUAUUAUGCUGCAGAGGAUGAUGAUAGAUGUCUUCUUCUUCCUCUUCCUCUUUGCUGUGUGGAUGGUGGCCUUUGGUGUGGCCAGGCAAAGCAUCCUGAGGAAGAACGAGCACCGCUGGGAGUGGAUCUUCCGGUCGGUCAUCUACGAGCCCUACCUGGCCAUGUUUGGCCAGUACCCUGAUGAUAUUGAUGGUACCACCUACAACUUUGACCACUGCGCCUUUUCUGGGAACGAGUCCAAGCCCCUGUGCGUGGAGCUGGAUGCCAACAACCAGCCCCGCUUCCCCAAGUGGAUCACCAUUCCGGUGUGCAUCUACAUGCUCUCCACCAACAUCCUCCUGGUCAACCUGCUCGUGGCCAUGUUCAGCUACACAGUUGGAUCAGUGCAGGAGAACAAUGACCAGGUAUGGAAGUUCCAGCAUUUUUUCCUGGUGCAGGAAUAUUGCAGUUGCCUGACCAUCCCCUUCCCCUUUGUCAUUUUUGCCUACAUAUACAUGGUGCUGAGGAAAUGCUUCAAGUGCUGCUGUAACAAGGAAAGCAAAGAGCCAUCCAUCUGUUGCUCAAGAAAUGAGGACAAUGAAAUCCUGGCAUGGGAAGCUGUCAUGAAGGAAAAUUACCUUGUCAAAAUCAAUACAAAAGCAAAUGAUUCAUCAGAAGAAAUGGUGCAUCGAUUCAGACAGCUGGAUGCAAAGCUCGCUGAUUUGAAAGGCCUUCUGAAAGAGAUUUCCAGUAAAAUUAAAUGA